AUGUGGUUUGGUCUAAACAACACGUUGAGGUUCCUCGUUGGCUGGGGCAUCUUCAGCACCAAGCCGUAUGGUAGCCGAUCCAGGAACAACUUGGCAGCUGUCUGCUACAUCUCUCUGAGCUUGUUUACCUUCUCCAUGUGGAUCGCAAACGCUAUGAGUGGUGAACCUGCUGCUGCAGCAUCAGCCCGUAUCGCAGGAAUGGGAGCAGCCAUGUGCCCCUUUCUGUAUGGCUUACACCUUCAUCUAAUGCCAGGUGACGUUGCGUUGCAAGCCUAUGCUGUGUUGCCCGUGAUUGAAAAAGCGCUUUCGGGCCGUGUAGCAGAAACACAGGCAGCAGAGCUUGCGCCGAUUCAUUGGAAGAAGGAAGCAUGGUUGCCUUGCUUGCACACCCUCCUGAUGCACUACCGCGGCUGGAGUGCUAGGAUGCACUCCCGUCAAAUGCUUGUGGACUCCAGUGGGCAGUCGCUGGGACGUGGUGGCCUACAAAGCAUUCGGCGAUUGCUGUAA